AUGGUGGCAGUCUCAGUCUCCGUCCCGCUUUCUCUUCUUCGAGGUGUUCCUGAAGAGCUCAAGGGAUUCGUCUUCUGGAUUACUGGAGGAAACGACAAGCAGGGUGUGCUUCUCCCCUGCCGUGUCCGUCUGUUCUUGUCUGACGGUCACUCGCCGGAAGGGUUAGACGAAGCGAAAAAUCCGUUCGUGGGUGCUGUGUUGAACUUAGUCGUCGUGAAGCAGGGAGAAGCUGAAAUCCCCGGCCUCACUGACACCAUUCUCCCCAAGCGAGUAACGAACAUCCGCAAGAUGUUCAACUUGUCCAGGAAGGAUGAUGUUUGA